AUGUUUCAUUUCCACAAAGGUGACACCGUCGAGGUCACCAAGCCCAAAACCACCACCACCACCAACUUCUACUACCCUGCCACGGUGGUUCGACCUCCUUCGAAGCGCAAAAACCUCGUUUUCCUCGAGUACCUAACCCUCUUCGCUCCCUCCGAGGAAUCCCAACCACCCAAACACCUCAGAGAGAACGUUAACGUCGCAAGCGUGAGGCCCAAGCUUCCCCACCAGUUAAAUUCAUGGUUCAAAGUCGGUGACGCCGUCGACGCUUACCGUCAAACCCACAAUGCGUGGUGCCCCGGAACCGUCUCCGACAUCCUCGAAAACUCUAACUACCUCGUCGCAUUUCACGAUGAUGAUUCCGCCGCCGUCGACCACUGUAACCUCCGCCUUCACCGGAAUUGGGUCCACGGGAAUUGGGUCCCACCUCUCCCCGACAAGGAGCAGCACCCUGUGAUGGUGACAGAGCCUGAAAAUUUAAGGUUUAAGAUUAAAUAUAGUAGGAAACCGCUAAAGGAAUCAAAGUUUAAGAAAGGGGAAACAGUGGAAGUUAGAAGCGAUGAUGAAGGUUAUAAAGGUGCUUGGUUUAUUGCUACUGUUGUUGAUAUAAUAGGUAAAGACAGGUUUCUUGUAGAAUAUAGGGACCUUACUACAGAUGAUGGUACCCAGGAUUUGAAAGAAGAAACACACGCAAGGUUUAUUAGGCCUUGCCCCUCUCAACUUGCAUUUGUUGCUUCUUUCAAACAGUUCCAAGAAGUUGAUGCAUGGUACAAUGAUGGGUGGUGGGAAGGUGUGGUUCUUCAAGUACUGAAUAGCAGGGAAUGUUUUGUUUCUUUCAUUGACAAUGAUGUGUUGAGAUGUGAAAAUUCUAAACUAAGGCCUCAUCAGGAUUGGGUUAACGGAAGAUGGGACAUGCCUUCCAAGAAAUCAAGUGAGCUGACAAAGAAGUUUGGAGAUGUGAUGUCUAAAGCCAAGAAUAUUACUGGAAAUAAAUUAAUAUUUAAAUGUCAAAAGCCUUGUGAGCUUGCGAAGAAGCCUACAGAUGUAAUGUCAAGGACCACGAACACCGGAAGCAAAUUUGUGUUACAUUUCUGUAAAGGUGCAAAGGUAGAAGUUAGAAGUGAUGAAGAAGGCUACCAAGGUGCCUGGUAUACUGCCCUUAUUGUUAACUCUUUGCAGAAUGGCAAGUACUUGGUGGAGUAUUUGACCUUGAAAACUGAUGACUUAACUGAACAACUAAAAGAAGCGGCAGAUGCUUCAGAUAUCAGGCCAUAUCCACCAGAUAUCAAUCAUCGUCACCACUUUACGCCGCGGGAAUGGGUUGAUGCUUGGUAUAAUGAUGGAUGGUGGGUAGGUCAAGUAUCUACUGUUCUUCGUGGCUUCAAGUACAGGGUUUACUUUUCGACUACAAAAGAGGAGCUAGAAUUUGAUCAUUGUCACCUGAGGCCCCAUCAGGAAUGGAUCGAUGGAAGAUGGGUACUUGCUUCUUCGGGUUGAAGAUAUGAUCAUUAGUGAAUUACUUGAGGUGCUUCCUGCCACCUUGCUAUCUUCACUCAAGAUGUUUUCUGCAACCAUCACAGGCUCACUUCUCCCACAUCUAAUUAGCUUGUUGCAAUUUUGCUGAAUGCAUUUCCUUUGAGCGCUUU